AUGAGCAACUGCUUUUCAGAAGGCUGCAAGAGCUGCGAUUUGCUUCUGAGUCUCACCGACCCCUAUUACGCGCGCAAGAGGCAUCACAUACAACCGCAGACAGGUGGGCCCGAGGCGGUCGGUUUGCGCCGCCAGGUGUACUGGAAUGCGCGCUCUAGGGGGCCUAAAGCCGAAGACGGAGAACAAUGGGCUGUCCUGCGAAACCUUUCUCGGCGCGAAUAUGUGCAUGGCAAGGCAAUCCAGGAGCUCAAGGAUCGCGAUUAUCGACACGAGUCUGAAUGGGUUGUGCGUGAUCUAGAGUCGUUUGGGUUCGGUGAAGUGCUCUGCUUGCGCUCGUUCUGGUCGCAGACCGACGAGGGAUCACCUUACAGCUGGGACUAUUCUCGUGGCGUUUGGACUGGGCAUCGGUUUGAUAUCGUGCUGGAGGAGGAUCUGGAAAAGGCGAUGGAGAAGGAAGAGUGGAAGGAUGUGAGCGAGGAAGCGUUAGCGGAGGUGCUCAAGGUUUCAACAAUGACAUCAGUAUCUAUCUAUACACAUAACUGA